UCGAGCCCUAAUUCUCCGUCGCAGUUGCUCUCCGCCGCCGGCUGACCGACGGACUGUCCGCCCCGAUCGAUCGAUCCGACCCAGCCUCUGCUCUCCUUCGCCUGCCUCAGCUCUCCUCCGCCUCCUGCCACAGAUACAGCAACGGAACCGACCCACCCGUGGCUGCUCUCCGCCGGACUCUUCGCCGCAUCUGCUGUUGUCGCCGGUUCUUCGCCGCCUCUCUGCCUUCCCCGCCUGCCGCCAGAGACAGCACCAAUACUGCUGUUGCAUUUGUUCAUAUAGUCAGCUUUAUCAGAUAUAUUUAAUUCGAAAGCAGGUCAACUUUUAGAGUGACUUACGUGGAUACCAUAAUUCAUAUGGCUGGGGAUCCUUCACAUCAUGAAUUGGUGGAGAUUAGUCCCUACAGGUUCUCCCAUGACAGGCAUGAAGAAGAUAAGUUGCCUGGAGCUACUUGGUAUUUAAGUCGUAGGGAUAUUGAAGAGAACUCUCCAUCUAGGAGAGAUGGCAUUGAUCUCAAGAAAGAAACUUAUCUUCGGAAGUCUUAUUGCACAUUUUUGCAAGAUCUAGGCAUGAGACUAAAAGUACCGCAAGUAACAAUAGCUACUGCAAUUGUAUUCUGUCACCGUUUUUUUCUUCGCCAAUCACAUGCAAAAAAUGAUAGGAGAACCAUUGCUACUGUUUGCAUGUUUUUGGCGGGAAAGGUGGAAGAAACUCCUCGACCAUUGAAGGACGUCAUUCUCGUUUCUUAUGAGAUUAUGCAUAAAAAGGAUCCUGCUGCAGUCCAAAGAAUCAAACAGAGGGAAGUAUAUGAACAGCAGAAAGAACUGAUUUUACUUGGGGAACGGUUGGUACUUGCAACUCUUGGUUUUGACUUAAAUGUGCAGCAUCCAUACAAGCCUCUUGUUGAAGCAAUAAAGAAGUUUAAGAUAGCUCAAAAUGCCCUUGCACAAGUUGCUUGGAAUUUUGUCAAUGAUGGGCUCCGUACUUCACUUUGCCUGCAAUUUAAGCCCCAUCAUAUAGCUGCUGGUGCCAUCUUCCUGGCUGCCAAGUUUCUAAAAGUAAAGCUUCCUUCAGAUGGUGAGAAGGUAUGGUGGCAGGAAUUUGAUGUUACUCCUCGACAGUUGGAAGAGAUUAGCAACCAAAUGUUGGAACUUUAUGAGCAAAACCGUCCGGCACCAACAGCCCAUGGAAAUGAAACUGAAGGCAGUUCUGCCAGUGGAGCUAAUCACCGAGCUCCUGCAAAAGCUCCUGUUGAGCUCGAGGAGCCUACCACACAAAGUGGGUAUUCUCAGGUGUCAAAAAAUGCUACCCUGCAAAGUACUGGCCCAGCAAGCUCAUCUACUCUUUCUCUGCCUGAACAAUUUCACUCGGAUAAGCUUAGUGGGAACCGCGGUGUUUUGCAUGCUGAUGGUAAUGAACAUGCACGGCAUGAGCCUAGACCUGGAACUUCUGAUAAUAAAGUGGAAGGAAAGGAUUGGUGGCAUCAUGAACUAGUGAACAAUCCAGAAACCACUGGCAGCAGAUCACAUUAUGGGCCCGAACAAGAAGUAGAAGAGCUUGCAAUUCCUGCAACAGAUGGCAUGGCUGAAACAAAAGAAAGGAUUCCUGUCUAUAAUGAAGGUUCUAAAGUUCACUCUCCCAUGAUGGCUGCUAUGAAAAAGAUCGACAAGGACAAGGUGAAGGCUGCUUUGGAGAAAAGGAGAAAAUCUCGAGCUGAUAUUGCCAAAAAAGUGGAUCUGUUGGAUGAAGAUGACCUCAUUGAGAGGGAGUUGGAACAUGGUGUUGAAUUGGCAGUUGAGGAUGAGAGAAACAAACUGAAGAGUCAUAGCUGGUCCAAACCUACUUACCGACAGGAACCAGACCAUAUAAUUGAGAAUGGCUACCAUGGGGCUGAGAAGGCAAUGGAGAAUGCCGAAGAAGGGGAGCUAUCAGUGGAUAGUCAGGAUAUUCAGUCACUGGAGACUGGCAACCAGAAAAGAAAAGCAGUUAGUCCCCCAGGUAGACAUUUCAGUGCGAAGGAUGUGUAUGACUUACCACAUUAUCAUGCGUCUUCCUCGAAGAGCCAGGAGACUUAUGAUGAUUUUCGUCCGUCAGGAAGAUUUGAUCGUGCUGAUAGGGAUCAUAAGAAGCUCAGACAGGAAAAUCAGGUAUGAUGUGCAGGAAUGGUUGCUGGAAGAGAUACUUCAUCAAUCUUGUUCUUUCAGAAAACCUUUUCCCGAAACAAGCUCCUCAGAGGAUAGUUCGCCCAAUUAUGAUUUUGCAUCAUGCUGCUGCAGUUUAGCCAAAUUAUCCGUGUGGUGCUUGUGGGCAUGUUGGAGAACUCAUAAUAAUAAUUCUUCAGGUAAAUUAAUGCAGUGAACCUGCACUGCAAAUGUUUAAACUUUACAAAUCCCUGAUGUGUUUUAGGGUAAGGCUGUGGAGAUAAUGUGGCUUAAUGGAUUGUUUAGUUAAGGAAGAACUAUGGCAACGACGAGAAACAUCCGAGUGUUAAUCUAAUUUUGCUGGAAUAUUUAUUGAA